AUGAUCUCAAGAUCGUUUGAAGACGAGGAUGCGGAUUGGAAGCCGUCAGCGGAGAGACGGUGGCAGAAAGAGCAGGCAGGUGCCCACCGAGGAGGUGCUUGCCACAAAAGAGGAAGGCGGGCAAAGGCGGGUGGGACCUGGAAGGAAGAGCGACGGUGGCGCGGGGUGGGUGAUCAGGCAUGGAUUAUUUGGCGCGGAGCCAGGGCGAGUCUGGAUGACAGGCCGGGAUAG